AAGAAGGGAGUGGAAGUCGUGGCGGCGUCUUCUUUGCCUCCAAAUCUUCCCAGUCGUCGACACGCUUCGUCUCCUCCUCAGAUCGACACCUCCUCCAAACCCUAGAUUCUUGCAGGCCGACGACCACCCUCUCCCUCUCUACUGCAUCUCUGGGUCGCAGGCUCUUUGGGUUUUCUUUCCUCUGUGUGUGCGCGUGUGUGGGUGGGUGGGUGUUUUUUGGGGGUAAAGGAAGUGGGGAAAUGGUGGAUGCUGGGCCGACGGCAGUCGACGCCGGCGACGGCGCGAACGGGCCGACGCUGGCCUCCCACCCCCGGGAGACCCUCAAGCGCAAGAGGGGGGUUUCUCGUUCUCUGCUCAAGAACCUCAGCGCCGACGAGCGGCGGGACCGAGUCGCGUCGCUCAACGCCGAAAUCCAGGGGCUCUUCUCUUACUACCGCGAAAUGAUGGGUCAGAAGCUCGCCCUGGACUUGAGCUCGGCGGAAUGCGGGUCCACCAACGGGGCGAUCGCGUGCUGCUUGGAGGAGGCCGCCACGCCGCUUUCCAAGCUGGUGGAGGAGGUGUACGGCAAGUUGAAGGAGAGAAACGCAGGAGGAGGAGGAGGAGGCCUCACGCUGGCGUCGGUGAAGAGUGGAGUCGUGUUCGUUGGGCAGAGAGUGAUGUAUGGUGUCCCCAAUGCCGACGCCGACGUUCUGGAAGAUGAUUCUCCCUCCUCUCUCUGGUGUUGGGAGACCAGAGAGCUGAAGUUGUUGCCCAAGUCCGUGCAUGGUCUUAUCAAGAUUCGACGCACAUGUCGGAGAAAGAUUCAUGAGAGAUUAUGUGCUGUUUCUGCAAUGUUAAAUGCAUUAGAGAAGUCAGAGUAUGAUCCGGAUAGCGAGCUUGAUUUGUUGAAAGCCUCAGAGAUGCUCCGUAAAGCGCUAAACGAGACAGAUUUACGCUUGUUACAGGACAGCUUGCUGCAGAAGAAUCGUGCUGACACGGCUGAGAAGGAGGCAAAACUAGAUCCUAAAGCUUACAUAAGGCAAUUGGAGAGAAAUAAACGAGAAAUUGAGAGAGAGAAAAAGAGAAUUGAUCGUGAAGUUCAGAAGGAAAAGUUGAAAGCUGAAAAGGAAUUGAAGCGCUUGCAAGAGGAGGCAGACAAGGAAGAGAAGCGUUGUGAAAAUGAAGACCUUGAGUUGAAGAAACAGCUUAAAAAGCAGGAAGAAGCUAAGAAAGAUCAGCGUCGGAGAGAGAAGGAGGAAGCUGAAUUGAAGAAGCAAGUUGCCCUGCAGAAGCAAGCGUCCAUGAUGGAACGGUUCCUCAAAAGAAGUAAGACUACUUCACCUGUCCUGGAUGACAAAUCCUCACCCGGUUUGCCUUUGUCCAGUAAUGCAAGAGAAUGGAUCCAUGAGUCAGUUGCAUGCUUGAUGGAUUCUGCUCUUACCUCAAAUCAAGAAAUUACCAUUGGCCAAAUCUGGAAUUCUCAUUUAUCAUCUUGGCGUUGUCUGGGUCAGUCCAUACGCUCAAAUCAAGAACAGCAUUGGGGAAUACGCAGGAAGCCCAAAACUGAAAUAUUCAAGGAACUUAAGCUCACCACAGCUAACUCCAUUAAAGGGGUAGCACAGGAUGAUGAGUUGAACCUUGAAAAGCUAGUGAGUGGAUGGAAGGAGAGGAUUUCUGAUGACAUGUCAACAUGUAAAGCUGGAGAUAAGUCUCAUCCGGGCAUGAGGAAAUGUGUCAGAAGGAAGCAAUUAUUGCAGUUUGAUAAGAGUCAUAGACCUGCAUUUUAUGGUAUGUGGCCAGCAAAAAGUGAAGCUGUUGGGCCGCGCCACCCAUUAAGGAAGGAUCCAGAUCUGGAUUAUGAUGUUGAUAGUGACGAGGAAUGGGAAGAGGAGGAUCCGGGAGAAAGCCUAUCUGAUUGUGAUAAAGAUGAUGAAGAAAGCUUAGAUGAGGGCUGUUCCAAAGCUGAUGAAGAUGAAAGUGAGGAUGGGUUUUUUGUACCUGAUGGUUAUCUCUCGGAAAAUGAGGGUGUACAAGUUGACAACAUGGAGAUUGAUGAUAUUCCAGUUGAGGGCAUGACUUCAUCUUCUGAGCAAGACUUGGGGCAUGUGAUCUUCUCUGCGCUGCUUCAACAGCAGAAGCAUCUACGCAAUGUGACAGAGCAUGCGCUUCGGAAAAAUCAGCCCUUUAUAAUUACUAAUUUAUCCCAUGAGAAGUCUACUAAAAAAAUGGCUGGAGAAGUAAGUGCUGCUCAAAAGCUGGAACAGAUGUGCUUGGAAGUGUUAAGCAUGCUUAUCUUGCCAGGUGCCAAACUUCCAGAAUGUCUAGCUGACAACAUCUUGGAUGAGGAUGAAGAGGAUUGCCCAACUAACAGCAAGAGCUGCUCAACACCAGCAAUGCACGCUGUAGAUGUACCUGAUUCCGAGUUGCCAACCAUUGUAUCUGCUAUACAAUCAUGUUCACAAGGUAUUAACAAGGUGGUAGACUCUUUGCAAAAGAAGCUUCCUGCUAUAUCUAAAACAUCGUUGCGGAAUAAAGUUCGUGAGAUAUCAGAUUUUGUGGAUAACCGCUGGCAGGUCAAAAAAGAAAUCUUGGACAAGCUUGGUUUGUCUGUUUCACCAGAGAGGAGCGGUGGAAGGGCCAAAAGUGCUUUUUUCUCGAAGAGGUGCUUGCCGCCUGCUGGUGGGAGUGUGAAUGCAGAUGAGAUUUUGUAACCAUCGUGGAGUUCUGCUGUCUGUGUGAAGCAGAUUGCACAUAAAUCAACUCAUCUUACUAGGAUUUCCCAUAAACACGUGUUCCAUUUUUGAGCUAUGUGAUGUAUCAGUUGUGUAAAAUGGUCAGAAGUAAGACUGGCCAAGUCUAAUUGUACU